AUGGCUUCAUUUUCUAGGCUCGUUCGCUUCCUGGCCCGCGAUGGCAAGACUUACUACGGCGAUGCGAUUUUGCCCAGAGGCGUUUCGGACAUCGCAAAGGCUAGACAAGCUCGCAUCAUCACUGGCGACAUCUUUGGUAGACACGAUGUGACGGAUAACGUCGCCGACAUUCGCCUGUUGCUGUCUCCUUUGGCCCCUGAGCACGUCAAGACGGUGCGGUGUCUCGGUCUCAACUAUGCUAACCACGCCAAGGAGUCAAACAUGGCCAUUCCUAAAUUUCCUGUUCUCUUUUACAAACCCGUGACUUCGUUGGCCGGUCCGACCGACCCCAUCCCCGUGCAUCCUAUUGCCCAGACUGGCAGCACUCUUGACUAUGAGUGUGAGCUGGUCAUCGUCAUUGGCAAGACUGCCUCUGACGUAUCAGAGGAUGAGGCGCUCAACUACGUACUGGGCUACUCCGUCGGUAACGAUGUGUCGCAUCGUGACUGGCAGAUUCAGCGUGGCGGUGGCCAGUGGUCUCUGGGUAAGGGCUUUGAUGGCUGGGCGCCCUUCGGUCCUGGUAUCGUCACCAACAAGAUCGCUGGAGACCCCCAGAACCUUAAGAUCUUCACCAAGGUUAAUGGCGAGACCGUGCAGAACAACAACACCAAGGAUAUGAUCUUUGGUAUCAAGAAGACAAUCUCUUUCCUGAGCCAGGGCACUACCCUGCUGCCGGGUGAUAUCAUUUUCACCGGAACGCCUGAGGGUGUUGGAAUGGGACGCAAGCCUCAAUUGUGGCUCAAGGACGGAGACGUUGUCGAGGUUGGCCUUGAAAAUGUUGGCUCCUGCAUCAACAAGAUCGAGUUUAGCAAGGUGAAGUCUAAGAUCUAG